AUGUUUCUCAGCCCAUAUUGCAGCCUCAUCGCACUAUGUCUCUCGGGCGGUGUCGCGGCGGAUGGCUGGGACGACUUCACCAAUAAUCUUGCCUCGGACCUCGCUCCCAUAAUAUCCCUCUCCGGAGAGCAGGCGACGAAGCAAUACCUCAGCGAGAGCAUCACGUGGCUGGACUACUUCAUUUUCGGCAUGGCGCCCAUCGGCAUCCUCACGGCGCUGGUGUCCGCGAUCCGCGUCUGCGGCAGCCCUUCCCUGAAGGCCUUCAUCGGCAGAGCAAAGGAGGCAGCGGGCAACGUGGAGGCCGAGCUGCUGUCGUCCACGAGCAGGAACGUGUGCGAACUGUACAAUGGCGGUGGCAUCGAGCGCAUUAUCGGUCGUCCGAAGAUCCUUGAGGUUGUGCUCGACCGGAACGUCGCUGACGAAGAGUUUACCAGGGAGGGAGGGUCGGCGGGCAUCUACACCUUCGCCGACUACGUGAGGAAUGAAAAUCACCGUCAAGAGUGGAGGCCAUUGCGAGGGCACAGAGCCGUCCAAGGAUGA